UCUAACACCGAGACCGCCUGGGCUAGACUGGGUGGUCGUGUGGAUACAAGACUGGGCAAACUGCCGUAGGCACGCAAACUAAAGGGAAGAGAGGGAAAGGGUGGCUGUUGUCCUCGCAGUCCGGCUCUUUCUCCUUUUUCUUUCCUCCUUCUACUUUCCUUCGGUUGUCCCGUCUUUCGCGGCUUUCCUUCUUUAUUCUUCGUUAUUUUCGCUUCCCCUCCCACUCGCUUGCUCUUUCGCAUUUCCCGCUUAUCCUCUUUCCUCCCUCCCUUCUAUCAUCUUUCGUUCCCCCCCCCCAAAAAAAGGGUCUUUAUUCUUUCCUUUUAUUUUCCUGUUUCUCUCCCUCAUUCUCUCCUCUACCUCUGCUUUUCUCUACGGCCGCGUAUCUCUUUGCGUAUCUUUUUUCAUGUGUAUCUCUUUGCUGAGCAUUUCUACUGGUUUUCAAGGCGAAACUCGGUCAAAAGUGUGCAUGUGUGAGAGAGAUACACAGAGUGUGUGUGUGUCUGCGCGCCCGCGCUGUUAGAGGCAGCUUCGGAUGGAUUUCCACCCCACGAUUGCUUCUGAACGUGUUGGUGCUGGCGAUUGUCAGUGUUUUGUAGCUGUUGCAAACCGAUCAAGGAUUAAAGAUAGAAGAGCCAAUUGGUCCUGGGAAAGUGGGGCAAAGGGUUCGUUUUGUUUCACCACACAAGAGAUAUCAGAUCGGGCGCCUUUGGCUGGAGUAUCUUCCCUCCCCCCUCCCGUUUUUUCUCCCAGCCUAGCGAUCUUUAUUUAGGAUAAUGGGAGCCGAUCUCAAACGUUCUUCUGUUUGACUUUCUCGUGACAGAAGAAAAGCAGCCGGCUCUCCUUACGAUGCCCACACGACGGGCAUGAGCGGGGCCAUCAGCUACCACCCUUACGGCAGCCCAGCGUAUCCUUACCAGCUGAACGACCCUGCUUAUCGGAAAAACGCCACGCGAGAUGCCACGGCCACGCUGAAGGCCUGGCUGCAGGAGCACCGCAAGAACCCUUACCCGACCAAGGGCGAGAAGAUCAUGCUUGCCAUCAUCACCAAGAUGACCCUCACCCAGGUCUCCACCUGGUUCGCCAACGCCCGGCGGCGGCUCAAGAAGGAGAACAAGAUGACCUGGGCGCCGCGCAACAAGAGCGAAGACGAAGACGAGGACUUGGAUGCGGACGGGAGCGGCGGCGGCGGCGGCGUGCGGAGCAAGGAGGAGACGGCGUCCGACAAAGUGCGCGACACCAACGAGACCUCGGCCGAGGAUGAAGGGAUCAGCUUGCAGGUGGACUCCCUCACCGACCAUUCCUGCUCGGCGGAAUCGGACGGCGAGAAGGGCCCUUGCCGGGCCAGGGACACGCUCUGCGAAUCUGGCUCGGACUGCAAGGACAAAUACGAGGAGAUCGAAGACGACGACGACGACGACGAGGAGGACGACGACGAGGAGGCGGAUCGGGGCCUCCCCAUCAAGCCCGUCACCUCUUCCCCUCUCACCGGCGUGGAGGCCCCUCUCCUGGGCCACCCCCACUCGGAGGACUCGGCCAGAAACGCGAACAAAGCGGCCUUGGACGCCCGGAUCUCUUCUGCGGCGUCGCAGCAGCAACAGCAGCAGACCACGCAGGCCAGCAAGCCCAAGCUGUGGUCGCUAGCCGAGAUCGCCACUUCGGACCUUAAGCACCCCCCUCCCCACCCGCAUCACCACCCGCAUCCCCACAGCCUGGGCCAGAGCUGUCCGCCGUCGGCCCAGCCCUCUUCCGCCCCGCACAACGCUGCCUACUCGCCCUCUUCGCUGCUGGGGAGGCAUAUUUAUUACACGUCGCCUUUUUAUAGCAAUUACACAAACUAUGGGAACUUCAACGCCCUCCAGGGCCAGGGCAUCCUGAGGUACAAUUCGGCCGCCAUGGCCUCCGGCGAGGGGGGACUCAGUCAGACGGUGAUCAGUAGCAACGGCGGCGGCGGCGGCAGCUCGGCUCCCAAGCAAGGCGCGGAGAAUUCCUUGAAAACCGCCGCGGGCCACCUCGAACCACAUUACAAACCCUCGGUUUCAGACACGAAGAAAGACCCCACUGAAGUGUGCACAGUAGGAGUACAACCAUACCUAUAGAAGUGCAAUCGCACAGCAGCCAGGCAAGUAGGUGUCACAAUUGCUUUGAGAAAAGUCAACAAGCCAUCAUCUCUCCCCAAGCUAAUCUAUCUAUCUCUAUGUCUAUCUCUAACAAAACUCUAAAUCCGGAUCACAUCUUGUGCCACUGUAUAAAAGAAGACCACAGAACACUAUUAAAUCUACAAGACUCUGUCUAAUUAUUAAAACAGAUUUUUGAUGGACAUUAUGUGAAUUCGCUGGUAUAGUCUAGUUCCCCCCAUGUAUGUGUGAUUUUAAAAGGAAGACAAAAAAAAAAGCUGUUUUUUUCUCAGGAUAUCUUGAAUUGAUCACUUCAUUGCCACGGUAUAUAUAUAUCUAUAUUCUGUAGGUGUGAUAGGAUUUAUUGUACAAAUUCUUUGUAAAAGAUGCAUACAGUAGGGAUUAAUUAAUGAAACUCAUGACUGAAGAACUUGAGUACUUACAAAGUGGAAACAUAUUUGAUAUUUAUUUUUGUAAUGAUAAAAAAGCUUCUAGUAAUUUUAUGCAAGUUGUAUUGCAAUGGAAUCCCAACUCUUUUGUAAAUAAAUUAUGCCUGGUUUUUAUUUGAGAUAUUGAUGGUGAUACAAUCCCUCAUUGUUUAAUGAGAAUUCUUUACUAAUUUAUAUCUUUAAUUGUAAAUAAAAACAGAUUAGUCUACAAAAAGGUGGUGGCUUUUUUAUUCCUUUUCAAUAUAUGUAUGCAAUAUAAAUGCAACCUAUAAACGCAAUAGGUGUGGUAGCUUACAAAACAUCACUGACAACAAUUAACAUUAACUUCUAAACUUUUUGGAAUAUAUUUAGCCAUAUGACCAAUUGAAUCUAU